AUGAUUCUGAUAUUCUUUUUUAUAUUAAGAAUAUCAAAUACGCAAAAAUGUUCAUGUAAUGAAAUUUAAUUUGAGGAUUUGUGUUUAGAAGCUAUUGGAUGUUAAUAUGUUGAAAAAUCUGGGAUGUGUGAGGAAAUUGAAUGUAUUGAAAGACCAAUUGAUGAUUGCUUUUAUUUUGCAGGAACAAUUAGAUGUUAUUGGGAUUUCACUAUAGGAUUUUGCAUAGAAUUAUUAAGUUGUGAAGAGUUUUAAGAAGUUGCAUAAAAAGAUUCCUAUAAAGAAUAAUGUUUAGAAAUUAAUUGUUCUUGGGAUUAUUAAGAAUAAAAAUGUUUGUCUUUAUCAUAAUAAAGGAUGUGUUCAGAAUAUGAUCCUGAAAAUUGUUUAGAAGCAUCAUAAACAAUUAAUUUAAAAACUAGUAAAUGUGUUUUGAAUGGAGAAUAAGGAGAUGAUUGUAUAGCAUUUAUAAAAUGUGAAGAUAUAACGUAUUAAUAAUCUUGCGAUCUUAAUUAUUGCAAAUUUGAAGAUGGAUUUUGUAUAACUAAAGAAUGUAAGGAUUAUACAAUUACAAAUUGCCCAAAUUUUAAUGAAAUAAGUGGCUAAUAAUGUUAUCCAUAUAGUGAUUUGGAUUCUGGUUGUUCAGAAUUUUUAUGUGAAGAACUUACAGAAAUUUAAGAAUGUCAAAAUCAUCCAAGGUGUUUUUGGAGUGAUGACUUGAAUUCGUGUCAUUAAUAAAUAUGUGAUAAAGCAACUUAUGCUACUUAAUGUUUAAGCUUUAGCUAUGCUGUUGAAAAAGCUGAAUGCAAAUGGGAGAACAAUAAUUGUUAUACUUGUUACUCAUAUCUGAUUGUUUAUUUUUUAUUUUCUUAUUUGUUAACUUGA